CCCCGGGGACGCUGGGCGGCCUGACGGGCGGAAGCGCCGCUGGAAAGGCGGGGAAGGGACUUCAGCCGGAGGGCGGCCUGCGGCACGUGCCGGGGAGCUGCCAGUUACACCGGAGCCCGAGGCGGGAGCUGCCAGCGCGCAGGUGUUUGAAAAAUCUUCUCCAAGAUGAACUUCUUCCUGGAAACACUCAAAGUCCUGGUGCUCUCAAUAUAUUUCCUGUUAGAAUCUCUAGUGUUGUUGUUUGUUCCUGUGCGAAAGAAGAGUGUUGCUGGUGAAAUAGUACUUAUAACAGGAGCCGGAAGCGGAAUUGGAAGACGUCUAGCAUUAAAAUUUGCCCGCCUUGGAGUCACCCUUGUUCUCUGGGACAUUAAUCAAGAAGGUAACAAGGAAACAAGUAAACUAGCUAGAGAAAAUGGAGCCGUGAGAGUGCAUGCUUACUUGUGUGACUGCAGCAAAAGGCAAGAGAUCUACAGAGUGGCAGAUCAGGUUAAAAAAGAAGUUGGUGAUGUUAGUAUCCUAAUCAACAAUGCUGGUAUUGUAACUGGAAAGAAGUUCAUGGAUUCCCCAGAUUCACUUGUAGAGAAAACCAUGGAGGUGAACACCAUGGCACACUUCUGGACUUAUAAAGCCUUCCUUCCAGCCAUGAUGGCCUCUAACCAUGGACACUUGGUUAGUAUUGCAAGCUCAGCAGGACUGAUUGGAGUCAAUGGGCUAGCAGAUUAUUGUGCAAGUAAAUUUGCAGCCGUGGGCUUUGCAGAAACAGUUGGUUUAGAAAUGCUGGCUCUAGGGAAGACAGGCAUUAAAACCACUAUUGUGUGUCCUUACUUCAUCAACACAGGAAUGUUUGAUGGUUGUAAAACCAAGUGGCCACGUCUACUUCCUAUUCUAGAUUUGGAGUAUGCAGCUGAGAAGAUUGUGAGUGCUAUUCAACGGGAGCAAGUGCUUCUGCUGAUGCCACGAAGCAUGUACCUUUUAUGGGUUAUGAAAAGUAUUUUGCCUGUGAAAAUGGGAAUACUCCUUGGAGACUACUUCGGGGCCUUCCAAUUAAUGGACCACUUCAGAGGUCGAGUGAAGAAGGACUGAAAAUAAAGAAUGAAAAUAUCCAAUACUAGCAGGUCUAAAUUAAUGGACCAGUUUAGAGUUUAAAAAAUGGCCUGCUGUUUCAGCUGCACAGAACUUGCCUUCUGUAUAACUGUGCCUCGUACUUUUGUUAAUUAACCGUUUUAAUCAACAGUUUCCAACAUGAGCUCUGUCUCCUUCAUUCCCUGAAUAGCUAUCCUCGAUGUGAUGCCUGUCAUAGUCUCUUAUCCUUAGUGAAUUUGUAUGGGUAUCCAUUUCACAAACUAAUCACAACUGGCACCUAUAUGGGUAUUCUCAGUUAAGAAACAGGGUGUAAUGGGUUGGGAAGCUAAAUUGGCUUUGCAUGACUUCAAGAUAGUCCCCUCCAGAACAAUAUUGCUGUUAGGGCUGUCUGAGAAAGCUUAUCUUUGUCACUGCCUUUACUGUUCAGUUGAUGAUUGGAAGUAUUUAACUUUCAAUUUCCUGGGCUGUUUGGCAUCUUUUAUGAGCACUAACAUUCACAUUCAUAAAAUUAAGUAAAAUGGCAGUUGUAGACACUGAAAAUAUUUUCCAUACCUGUGAUGUUGAUUCACUAAUCAAAUACAUCUGAAGGAUAAUAAUCAAUUUACUAUUAAUGUCUGUGAAAAAGAUUCCAAUGAUUAUAGAUGUAUCCCUUCCAGAGAUGGGCUGAUAACAAUUGUACAUGCUUGUCUGAUUACAAAUGUUAACUUUUAAAUAAAUGCCCAUAUUUUUAGUA